UAAGUGACAAAUUGAAUGGAAACACUGAGCAAUGAAAACAUUCUGGAUGAGCAGCAUGUGAGGCUCAGGGACUGGAUUGGGGUGAAUUGUCGGCCGGGCCCGAGUGUUCGGGGCUGCUGUACCGGCCGGAACGGUAUCCGCGCUGCACACGGGAAAGCACAGGGUGCACCGCCCAAAGGGGUCCGCUACGUUCUUGGCGCUCGGAGUUUGUGGGAAGGAGGUGGUUGCAGUCGGACGGAGCCCCUCCCUCGGUCCGGCGUCAUGGGUCUCCUGAACAGGAGCAGGACUCUGAGGUUCGGACUUCCCAUGUUGCUGCUUAUUACUGGUGGAUCCUUUGGCCUUCGUGAAUUUACACAAGUUCGCUAUGAUGUUCAAAAAGUGAAGAGGAAGAUUGAUCCAGCUCUUGAAGCUCAAUUAAACAAGAAUAAAAAUAAAAUUUCAAUGGAAUCAGAGUAUGAGAAACUACAGCAACAGAACUUGGAUGACUGGGUAAAUAUCCGAGGACCACGUCCCUGGGAAGAUUCAAAAUCUUACCAAGAUCAGCAGCGGAAGACUCAAAAUGCAAACAAUAUCAUUAACUCGAAACACUGAUCUUGAUAUAUUUACUGGACAUCUAGCUAAGCUGAAGAUGGCUCUUCCUGAAAAGUUGAAAAGUAUGUUUGCAUUGAUUUGAUAGAGAUGGUACUUUUUUGCAAUAUAAUUUAAAAUGGCCGAUUGGAGACUUUGGAAAAGGAACUGCAGAGCCUAUUGUAAAUCUUUUCCAAUGUAUCUGAUUGACUUUUGCUUUUUAAAUAAAAUAGCCCUUGAUGUCAUUGAGUGCACAAUGAAAAGUGAGUUGUAAACUAUUGCUGAGAGAAAAUUGACAAGCAAAUGCUGUAUCUUUAUUUACUUCUCCAGUUAGUAUUAGUGCACUGCUCUCGUUCAGCAGUCGUCUUCUGUUUCCUGGCAACCAGUUGCAGUAACUCUAAAUUAACGUGACACUGGACCUGUGUGCAGUGCUGCUCAUCUUGGUGUCAGCUUUCGCUGUAGUUGGCCAGAACCAAGCGAAGUUGAUUUUGGCAAUCAUAUAAUUGCCCCUAUAAUUGCACAUCUCUGACAAUUCUAUGAAUGUAUUUUGUGGAAUUUUCACUGCGUAAUGAGAACCCUAACUGGAACAUGAUUUGUUUAGGUAACAACUUGGUAAAACAGCUCUGGAGAAAAUGUUUGUCUGUUUGAUUUGUAGGUCGCCGGCUGCAGUUUAUUCACCAUGAAAAGAAAGUAAUGUAACCUUGAUCAUAUUCAUUAAAUGUUGAAUAGAUGUAU